AUGAUUUAGACAUCAACUAAUAAUCAAAAGAAACCUAAACCUAAAUUGUAGUUAAAUGUCAACAUCACCGAUGUCUAGCCUGAGAGUACUCAUUCUUCAGAUGGAUGGAAGCAAUAAACAGAGGUGUUUUUCCAUGAACCUAUUGAUUAGUCUUUAUAAUUUUCUCAUAAUGGAAAGACAGUUGCUGAUGUGGCUCAACUUAAGUGUGGUAGAAAGUAUCAAGAAGAUAGAUUUGUUGCCAUUCCCAAUCUAAAUCAGAACAAAGAGGCCUAAUUCUUUUAUGCAAUUUAUGAUGGUCAUGCAGGUCAUUCUGUAUCCGCAAUUCUCGAAAAUAAUUUACAUAAAUAUUUAUAAGAAGAAAACAAAUUUUGUGAUGAUCUAGAGAAAGCAAUAAUAAAUGGUUUUGAGAAAAUGAAUAAAUACAUCCUUGAUUGUCAAGAUGAAAAUCAAUUGCUUGGUGGUUCUACUGCAAUUUGUGUUAUUAAUAAACACAAAGAUCUCUAUAUCGUCAAUUUGGGGGAUUCUGCAUGUGUUUUAAUCACAGAAGAAUGCGAAAUUCAGAAAUUGAAUCUUGAACAUAAAUUAAAUAGAGAAGACGAAUUCAAACGAGUCGAACAGAUGGCAACUAUUCUAGAUAGACAUUCUAUCCCAAGAAUCAAUGGAGAAUUGGCAGUAACCAGAGCAUUUGGGGAUAAGAAACACAGACAAUCAGGUUUGAUUGCCAUCCCUGAAAUUAAGAUACAUUAAGUUGAUCAAAAGGAUAAAUACUUAAUUUUGGCAUCUGAUGGCUUUUGGGAUAUUAUUAAAAAUGAUGAGUUAAAAAAAUUGAUUGAAAAUUGGAAUAGAAAGGAAAUAGAUUAAUUAGCAUAAUAUCUCUUGGACAAAGCAGCAUCCAAAAAUACUAAUUAUAAAAAAGACAAUAUGACUUUAAUAGUUGUAGAUGUCUAAUCUUAUUGGAAAUGA